AUGAAACAUUGGAAAAGGACAGGGAAGAUGGCCACCAUGGGGCCAUCGCAUCAACCCCCGGACCUGGUCCCGUUGCUGAUGAGCAUAGUGGCCGUGUUGAUCUCACAACACAUCUUUAACACAGCCGCCCAGAUCCCUGACCCAGAGCUCUUGCCAACAGACCCUCCGAAAAAACCAGACCCGGUCACCUCAGAAACGGUGAUCUUUUGGGGUCUACGCUUAUGGCAGAUUGUGGGCAUUUUCUCCAUGUUCAUCUUAGCAAUUAUUAUAACAUUGUGCUGCAUCUUCAAUUGCCGAAUUCCCCGGACGAAAAAAGAGAUUGGUGCUCGGAAUGUACAAAGACUGGCAGCCAAAACGUACGCCAACACCCUGGAGACGGUGCCCCCUCUCAAUGAGCUCACAGAUGUACCGCCAGUGGCAAAGCCAGCAGAGAAGGAGGAGGUGCCGACCGUCGCGGGUAAGGUUGAUAAAGAAAAGAAAGGCAAAAAGGAAAAAGACGGCAAAAAAGACCACGAAAGCAAGGGUGCGAAAGAGGGGAAAGAAGGGAAGGGAGAAGACAAGGGUGAAUCCACAAAGAACAAGGGAGAGAAAGGAGAAAAGGGAGAGAAAGGGGGAAAAGGAGCAUCAAAGAAAGAGGCAUCAGAUGGAGGGAAAGGUAAAAAAGGAGGGGGGGAGAAAGCAGAUGAUAAAGGAAGUAAAGGAGGUGGAGCCAAGGGCAGUGCCAAGAAGCCAGCAAAAAAGUGA